GAAAAAAAAAGUUGUAAAAGAAAAAAAAAAUCGAAGAACAAAAAGUAAAGGAAGGAGAGAAUGACGCCGGAGAAACGAUUCGGGCGCAAAACAGUAAAGACUCCCUUUUUAGGCCUUUUUUCUUACACCCACUUCCCUCGAAUCUCUUUGAUCCGAAAUCGUCGUGCGUUGCAUUAACCAGUCAUCUUCAACAUCCUUCCCAUUCUUCUCUGCGUCGCCACUUUUCUCACAGUUUCAGCUCUGCAUCUAUGAGCUCUACGCCUCUUAUGGCUCUCUUCUUCUUUUCUUCCUCUUGAUUCUCGAGAAAUGGAAUCGAUGUUCUUCGACAAUCGGAAAAUAAAGCGUCGGACGUUACAGUAGAGACUGUUGUUGGGUUAUGGCCGAACCUACCCAUAAAGACAAUAAACUAUGGAAAGGGUUAUUUGCGGUGGCCGGAAUCAUGACCACCCUUGUCACCUAUGGAGUCUUACAGGAAAAGAUCAUGAGAGUUCCAUAUGGGACGAACAAAGAUUAUUUUAAGCAUUCCUUGUUUCUUGUUUUUUGUAACCGCAUCACCACUUCUGCAGUUUCUGCAGGUGUUCUACUGGCAAGUAAAAAGACAGUGGACCCUGUAGCUCCAGUUUACAAAUACUGCCUUGUUUCAAUAACAAAUAUAUUGACCACCACAUGUCAGUAUGAGGCCCUCAAGUAUGUCAGUUUUCCUGUUCAAACUCUGGCUAAGUGUGCUAAAAUGAUACCUGUCAUGGUGUGGGGUACCAUUAUUAUGCAAAAGAAAUAUAAGGGUCAUGACUAUUUGCUGGCUCUUAUUGUGACUCUGGGUUGUUCGAUAUUUGUUCUCUAUCCGGCAUCAGCUGAGAUUAGUCCAUACGAUAGAGGAAGGGAAAGCACGGUUUGGGGUGUCUCACUUAUGAUUGGUUAUCUUGGGUUUGAUGGCUUUACAAGCACAUUUCAAGAUAAACUUUUCAAAGGCUAUAAUAUGGACAUCCACAAUCAAAUUUUCUACACAACUUUGUGUUCUUGCAUUCUUAGUCUGACAGGUCUUAUAUUACAAGGCCAUCUACUUCCUGCAAUUGAUUUUGUUUAUCUUCAUAAGGAUUGUUUCUUCGACAUUGCAUUUCUCUCCACAGUAGCAACUGCUAGUCAAUUUUUUAUUUCUUACACAAUUCGAACUUUUGGAGCUCUGACUUUUGCCACCAUAAUGACAACAAGACAGUUGGUCAGCAUCAUGUUAUCUUGUGUAUGGUUUUCUCAUCCUCUUAGCUGGGAACAAUGGAUUGGAGCUGUUCUGGUCUUUGGUUCGAUUUAUGCUAGAAGCUUCCUGCGAAAUGCACCUCAGAAACUUCCAACUUCAGAAACGGAAGAAAACUGUCCUGCAAGCCCAGUGAACCGAUCUUCGAGCCCCAUGAAUCGAUCUUCAAGCCCCAUGAAGGAGAAUCCAUGAUUGGAGAGCUUUGUGUUGCAUUUACCAAUUACCAUGUGAUAUUUCAAAAGGCAAAGACAAUUAGAAUUUAGAAUAGGUUUGUAGUUGCAAACAUUGCUGAUAGAGAUAAUGUUACUGAAGCCAGUUUUCAUCUGCUUUUUUAUUUAUUUCUUAAAAUGGUCUUCUGAUUGA